AUGUCCACCUCACAAUCAGGAAAUUAUGGUAGACGUAAACACUACAUUCCUCUUGAAUCCAAUCCGGAGGUCUUCACGGAACUCAUCCAUACACUGGGAGUCUCCUCCUCCCUCUCGUUCCAGGACGUCUACUCUUUGAACGAUCCCGAUCUUUUAUCAUUAGUCCCACGUCCAGUGUUCGGUCUGGUUUUGAUCUUCCCUGCUAUGGAGGACUACGACAAAGUCUUGGAAGAGGACAAAAAGACUCGACCGAACGCGUAUACUGGUAAAGGUGAAGAUGAACCUGUGAUUUGGUUCGAGCAAACGAUUGGCAAUGCAUGUGGGCUGUAUGGUUUGUUGCACUGCAUUUGCAAUGGGCCAGCGAGGCAGUAUCUCAAACCUGAUUCGACGAUAUCAAACCUACUGAAGAUAUGCGUACCUCUUGAUCCCACCGAGCGUGCACUCGCGUUAGAGGCAUCCGAAAAGGUAGAAUACGCGCACGCUCAUGCAGGCAAAUCAGGUCAUACUGCAGCCCCAGACCCCAAAGAUGACGUUGAACAUCAUUAUGUUGCCUUUGUUACCUCUAACACAGGAAACGGUGACGUGUACGAAAUGGACGGGAUGAAGCAAGGGCCAUUGAAGACAGAUGUGACUCUAAAGGAAGGAGAGGAUCUCCUCACUGAGGCUGGCCGAAACUUGAUCAAGGCUUUCAUUGAGAGAGAGCAAGGUCGGAGCAUCGGCUUUAGCUUGAUGGCGCUGGUCAAAACAUGA